UCCAUUCAGAAUGUGUCAAAUGCGAUUACCAUUAUUAUCCAAUACACACAAAAACAUGCAGACUUAUUAUUAUUAUUGUUGUAUGACGUAAAAAGAUGAUGGAUUCUUUCCCCCCUAUUAUAUUCCGGCUAGCUGCAGCCAUCCGAUCCAUUUGUUAGUUUAUUAUUAGCAUUCUUCUUCUUCUUUUUAACAAAUAAAAAUUGUGUGUUGGGUAAUAUUCCCUUUUGUCAUUAUUUGUUAUUAUUCUAUCCCCCCCCCCACUACACACUCUGUACGCGUUUAUCUCCCGUUGAUUUCGUUUUGAUUUGAUUCAGUCUGCCAUCGGCUACCGAUCGAUACUCUAGUGAAAAAUAUUCCAUCCGUGGUUUUCUCUCUCUCUCAAUUCCGGAAUUAUUAUUUGAUGGAUACUUACGGAUGCGCUAAGAACGUGAUGGAGAGCCGCCAUCAUCAUCGACAUCAGCAUCAGCGACGUCAAGACGCCAAAUUGCCCGAUUACGUUCAGACAGUCGUCGUUAAAGACUCGAAAGGAUUGGAGAAGAUUCUGUUGUUGCCCAAAGCCCUGGAUUUGGAUCGUCCCAAACGCAGCCGGACGGCCUUCGCCAAAUGGCAGCUGGAUGCCCUGGAAACGACUUUCUGCUCUCAUCCGUACCUGGUGGGCGAACAAAGGACUUUGCUGGCCAGACGUCUAGGCCUCUCUGAGACCCAAAUCAAAGUCUGGUACCAAAAUCGGCGGACUAAACAGCGGAAAGAAGGUCAUCCGGCCGGAAGUGAAGAUCAGCCACCGCAGCAGAUCAGAGGCGAAAUUUCAUUAAGCGACGACCAGUUGCGUCACCAGUCGUCGUCGGUAUUAGCCCCCACGGAAUCGAGCGGAUCACCUCCCGAGAUGAAAUGGCCUCAACAACUUCAACAACAACAACAUCAGGCGAUGAGUGCGGAUUUUUUCGGCCAGGCUUUCCAGCAUUAUCAUCCGGCCAUGUACCAUCAGCUGAUUCAAUCUUAUUCAUCUCAUCAUCACGCCAUCGCUUCCAGCGCCGGAAGCGUCGCGAAUGUUGCCGCAGGAGGUCAUUCCAAUAGCGCAAAUUCCGCCGCUUCCGCCGGAGUGUCAUCCGCCGACCGGAGCCAUCACCAAAUACAUCGAGUCUACUAACUUAAGAAAUAAUAAAAACUUAAAAAAUUCCUUUUAUCAAUUUUGUACUAACACGGGU